AUGAGUAACAUUCCUGAUAUAACGUCUCUAUCGGACUUGUUGACGACGUCCCCCAACCAGCCCAGUUCGUCGGGGUCCAAAGAGCACCUGGGAGAGAAAAACACGGGACUUCGUCUAGAUCUAGCUACCAAGAUCAAUGAAGAAUCGCGUCCAGACACUGGCGAAGAGUCCAGGACAAACAAUUCCAUGGAGGAGAUGGAGGUCCUUCUCAAGCAGCAAAGCGUGAAGCUUGCACUCGUGGGAGAGAGAAACGAAUUGCUAAAAGAACGGGCCAAUCUAAGAAGUUCGGUGGACGACUUGCGGGUCAAGAUGAAGUACCUCCAGGACCUCAAACAAAAACAAUCGACCCAGAAGAAAAGGGAGGACUUGUUGACGGAGAAUGCCCGUGGCAUUGUGACGAAGACGGCCAUUCCUUCCUUGCAGAAUGAUAACGAUGACGACGAGAUUCUCGAGAGUUUGAACGUGCUCCCAUCCUCAAACUGGAACCACCGUUUGGACUUGAUCAAGAAAUUCUAUCCGUAUAUCGACGUUUUGAAAAUCGCUUCAUCAAACUACUAUGACGAAGAUGGACGCCUAGUGCGAACAAUUGAGUUUGUUUUGGUAUCUCCGUUACUCUUCAGGAUCCCCUUCAAAUUGUUAAUUGAUGCUAGGACAGAGGCCAUAUUCGAUAUCCAACUCCCAGAAAAGAAGAACCACUUGACAAAUCAUUUUAAAAAGUCCAAAACUAUACUCCAAAGCUUGACCACAUUGACUAUGCUUUCACAUUCUUUCAGUCAAGUAUUCAUCAAAGACUAUCUCCCUGCUUGCAAGAUCAAUUUGGCUAUGUAUGGAUUAUCAUCAUUGUCGAAAAUACUCCAUAAACGAAUAUCAGUGAUCUACAAAUUGGUGAGAAAGUAUGCAAGUCAUAUCAAAGACGAUCAAAGGUUGAACCCGUUACUCCAAAAGGAUGAAUUAACAGAUAAUGUCAAAUUGUUUUCCAUUCUUAAACUGUUAGACAACGUUACACUAACAAUGAAAAAGGGAGAUGAUAUUUUCACUCUAAGUUUACAUUGGGAUAUAGUAUUGAAUGAUCCUGUUACUGGUGAAUGUGAAUCACAAUUGAGCCUUGGAGUUUUUCAACAAGAUGGUAAGCAGGUCUUUCCAAGCAUAAAUGAAUUAUUCAUCAAAUUAAUCAAGGAGUAUGGUGUGGUCAUUGGCAUAACGUUUCUUAUAGAAAAGACUUUCGAUCUACAAAUAUAG